AUGCAGCUACCCACUUGCGUAAUGUCAUCGGAUAAGCAAGGAUGGCUAUCGGCAGUGAGCAAACUAUUUUCUGGUGGGCAACAGUCCACCAGUCGUGUGGUGGGACAGAGAUCUAUCGAUAUACAGCAUUCACCAAAAUGUGAUCUGAAUAGCCCACAUCGGAAUUUUAACUCUGUAAAUGGUGGCUAUACACUUUCGCCAGUAGCAGAAUCCUGCUCUGUACCCGCACGGAAUCUGCGGUAUCUCAGUCCUUCUGCAUUGGAAACGGGUGUUUCUCAGCCGGGUGUUUCGAAACCAGUGGCAUUCGACAGAAGCAGCGUCUCAUGUAUAACAUCGCGCAAAAGAGUUCUAACACAAGAAGAUCACCCUUCCACUGCGAUAGAUACUCUGCUGUGUCAAGAGAACCCAAAAAGAUCUAGAAGAGAGCAGUUCGCUAGUACUAUGCUUGAGAAUCUGUCUCCUCGUUUGUUAUCGGCUCAUCUUGACUCAAGAAUGAACAGAAGUGUUGGAGUUCCUUCAUCUUCUGUGGAAUUUCUUCAUUCACCAAUUUCUAAUCGUUCCUUGAUUGAGCGGAUUGGGAGCAGUCGUAGCAAUGCUUCCAGUCUCAGUUCCAAGACAAGAGCCAUACUUAAUCAUCUCGAAAGAAUAAACACUCCAGCUCGAGAAGCUCGGAAGUUGCCGGUGAUGCGUGGUUCAACUUUACCGUCUGAGCGUUGGGCUCCAAUGAAUUCGAGUACUACUGCUCCUCCGCUUGUGAAAACGAAUGCGAAUGUACCAUCACGCAUUCAACUCCUUUCUGCUUCGUUAGCUUCUCAGCGCAAACCGUAUUGGCGUGAUAUUACGAGAAGAGCUAAAGAUAAAGACAGAAGUCCUUCUCCAAAACGUGACCGCACAAGUGGGAAUAGUUCGGUUCAUCCUCUAUUUGAUAUGGAAAAUACCGAUUCAUUUGGUGUGGGUUCAUGUCUAUCCUCCAUAUCAUCUCAAGCAAAUGUUGGAACUGAACAGACGGCACGAAAUGGGCACUCUGUCGAAGAGCUGGGCGAAGUUACCAAAAAAAGUGUAGAGAGCGGCUGUAAGGAGAGUGCCACAAACGUAUUCAACGUGAAAAAAUUAAUCGACGAAGAAGUACAGAGCAACAUUCCUGUUUGUAACUCUGCUACAGAGAUAGCUUCAACAGAAUUCCGAGAAGACAUGGUUUUCAAGUUUGACGCACCUGUAGAACCUCAGUUAGGGCAACUCCUGGAUGAAGACGUGGAUUUGACUUUGGGAGACCGUAGAGAAAGCCCAAAUCCCUCCGAGAGUAGUAAAAGCGAUUCAGACGAUGAACAACAAAGUUCUGUUUCAGAAGCUGAAGAGAUAAAUGCUCCUGUUCGUUAUGAAAAGAAUUCUCGUCCAUCAACGGCGGCCGACAGUGAAAGUUCGGCUGAUGUUUCUGCUGCAAUUACUCCAGUAUCAUCUAAAGAUGUGUCCCCUCAAACAAAAGUAGAGGCAUCGUUGAAGUGUCCCAACUGUUCCAACACAAAUAAGGUUGUUUCGACGUGCGCUGUUUGUGACUUGAAAAACGAAGGUCCGACCCCUUCUAAAAGUCCGAUCUCCAAUGUCACAUCAUAUGUUAGACCGGCUGUUAGUCAAAGCACGUCCGGUGAUGGUCCCGAAAUUCCUGCAGAAUGUCGAAUAGAUUCCACUGAGACAAAACAUUCUAAUCUUGAGCCACCGUCUAUUUCGAAGUUCCUUGAAAUCCCCACUCCUGUAGUUGCAAGUCUUAAUUCGGUUUAUGUGCCAACAAGCUCACAAUCGUUUGUGGUAAACAACGUUCCCGAGGCGGAUAAAGAACAGAGAUCGGAGAUACGUGGAUCAGAGGAGCGUAAAGAUUGGGAAUGUCCAGAUUGCAUGGCUUCUCAUGAUAAAUGCGUAUGUUGUGGUCAUGUUAUGUACAAAUCUGACCAGACGCAUACCAGUUCCAAUGUGUUCGGUGAGCGAGCUUUCAAAGUUGGAACGAAUCCUUCGUCUUUUUCAUUCGGCUUUGGUGGUUUCAACAAUGUUCCUAGCAGUGGUAAAACUAUCAAAUUUGGCUUUGGAGCAUCCGAUAGGACCGAGAAUGCAACAACAAACACGGACACGUCCUUUAAUAAAGCUGCAACAAUCCCGUCUGGAAACCCGAAUCCAGCGGUAUCUCCAGAACCUGGGAAGGAUACGAUUGCGAAUACUUCACCGGGAUUCGAGGCCACGACGGAAUGUGCAGAACCACAGCCUUCGGCAUUCUCUGUUGGAACUGGCUCUGCUGUUUUUGGUUCGGAACCUAAACCGCCGCUUUUCGGUUCUCUGUCUAGUCCCACGUUAAAGUCGUCCUCCUCCACUGGGUCUUUUUUGCCCGUUUCGUCCAAUUCUACAUUUGCGAAUGCUAGCACUGCUCUAACAGCUGGAAAUUCCUCUCAAGUCGGCCCUAACAAUGCACCAACGGCAUUCGUCUUUGGUUCUGCGUCCUCUAAAGACUUGUCAGGCCAAUCAGGUCUACUUAAUGUUAAAAACGAGGAAAAUAAUCCUAAUAAGACGACUCCAUUUGGAAAUAGCCUGAGCUUUGGAGCAUUGCCGAACAAUAAUGCAAAAGUACUGUCUUCUACAACUUGUACCUCAGGUUUAUGUGCGGAUCCCACAAAUAUUGUACCGUCUACAAGUGUUAACAUCUUUGGUGGCGCUGGAGCUGCAAAGCCUGUCUUUUCCUCUUUCGGCAUUACAUCUGAAUCCUCCACACCUUUCACGAACACCAACACGUCUAUUGGAAGCCAAGAAGUAUCGCCUUUUAAGAUGAGUGCUGGCACUUCAUCUGAGGUCCAGAAACCACUAUUUGGUAUCGGUACAACUACUGCCAGCAAGCCAUUUUUUGGUUCAAGUACUUCAUCUACUAUUUCUAAUUCUAAUGGCGGACUAAGUUUUAAUUUCGGAUCAGCUAAUACAUUUGGCGGUUUUGGCACUUCUGCUUCGUCCUCUGCUGUAAGUUCCUCUUUACCAACUACUUCAUCGAAUCCUUCAAUAUUUGGCAGUGCCGCAAGUGUUCCUGAAGCACCCAAAUCAUUUCAAUUUAAUACUACGCUUCCUGAAUCAAUAUUUCAAUUUGGACAAACACCUCUUACUGGAUCGACUCCAUUUCAGUUCGGUUCAUCUCAGCUGGCAACCUCUUCAGUUCCAUGUUAG